AUGUCUAUCGCACACUGCGCCCUGUGUGGCUUGAAUAUUCCUUCCAACAAUUCCUCCCUCUGGACCAGCAAGUUCCGAGCGGUCUACACCGAUAAGGAAAACUGGAACCAAACUAGACUUUCUGGCGUUGGUACUAUCAAUAAUGAUGGAGCAAAAGCUCCCAGGGAUUCCAAGCGUCGCUUUGACGAUGACGACAUCCAGCCGACAGACUUGAUCACGAUAGAUUUAGCCACCAGGUGUUUCAACAAGUUCAUAGGCCCCAACCCAUCUGCCCAAGAGCCGGGAUUCUGGGGCUUUGGGUUCCAUGCGAGCUGUUGGGGUAUCCUUACACACCUCUUCCAGCCUAGCCUCAACCACCUUCUGCAAGCGUGCCUCUCUUUCCCACUCAGAGACCGUGGCAUCCUUGACUGGGGACACACCUAUGGCGGAGCGAUAGUAAUCAAAGAGGACGAUGGUCUGCCUAUGCUGCUCCCACGGUACUUCAGGGGAGCCAACACAAUGGACCCUAUGCGUCAAGACCCUUUCAACCUUUCUGCGAUACUAGAGCUGGCAAGAUCUGCGAUACCCGAGCACCCGAUUGAUAAGACCAGCGCAAUCGAGGUCUCUUGCCAGGCCUCAGGGGUUGAUCCCUUCAACUCAUUACCACCCGAGCUCAUUGCGGCGAUUCUAGAGUUCGUGCCAUCUCGUUAUGUGCUAUGCGUGAAGCUUGCCUCACGUCCGUUCGCUGCUUGCCCGUUGACAGAAUCGUUUUGGGCGUCACGGUUUCUCGAGGGGAAUGAUUUUCACCAUGUGUUUGAGGUGUGGAAGUCAAAGCCCAAGUCUUGGGCAAGUAUGCACCAAGCUUUGAGGGGUAUCAGACAUCAUCGCAAACUACUUAGCCGAAAGCGUGUCUGGGAUCUAUCUCUGAAAUUGCGAGAUCUAUUGGAUCAGUUGAUGCCAAUAUGUCAUGGAGAUUCUUUGCGCAGCUAUUUUGAACCAGUUGGAAACCAUGAUCACCUGGACUGGCAAGUUGCAAGUCGAGGUCUUGCAAGACCGGAGGACGAGUUCAGGCAAGGUACUAGGUCUCUUCAAACUCGAGUUAUCGACAUCCCCCAAGAUGUUCAGGAGGUCUUCAUCAGCUUCGUCCAGCUUAGCCUCGGCGAGUUCGUCUCUGGGAUCCGAUUCCAACGUCAGAAUGGGGAAGACGCCUUCAAGCUGGUGGCCCUUAGCAUCCCUAUAAUCUCUGCCAACAAGAUUCCACCCCAGGGGACACACUUAUGGGAUGAUAUCCCGCCAGAUCACCUCUAUCUCAAUGGAAGCGACGACGACUUUCCCAAGACUGACUAUCGGCACAUCCCUCUGCCAUACUCUACCGUGUACUUUGGUGGUGCUUACGGACAAGACCUGACCCAGCUCGUGCAAAUCAGGUGGACUUUUUAUAUCGAUGUGAUUUCUGCUCUGCAGUUCAUCUACACGGAUCCCUCAAAGAACAAGUAUUUUGGAGGAAGAGAUCCUUUUGCAGAAUCUGGAAGAGAGAGGAGACCUACAAAUGUUCGGGAUAAUGAACAGCUCUUCUCUAUCGACGGACCAGCUGGGGAACUCAUCACAUCGAUCGAGGUGCAAGGCGGCAAGGACCGAGUCGAGGGCAUGACUCUCAAAACCAACUUUGGAAGAAAGGUUACGUUCCCCCAGAAUUAUUUGAGGGGCGGCUCCGCCUGGACAGUCAUUGAACCUGAGGGUGAUGUGAUUGUCGGGUUCUAUUCUGUUGUUGAACGCGGCUUGAGGAAUGUCGGCUUAAUGUCUAUGAAUGGAUCUGCUGCAAACAGACACCCAGAUAUACGAGCACCGAAUUGCUCCAUUUUGUGA